AUGUCCAGCUAUACUGUGAGAUCUUCCGUUCCUGGUGCACCGAGCAACAGGAGGCUGGAGUUCCCGGCGCGAAGGACAUCUGUACAGAGCCUGGCUCGGGACGAUUCGGACGACGAGAACAUGCUGGGUCCGCCUAAACUGAGCAACUUCGGUUCAGCCCUUCUUUCUGACAAAGAAAACGUCGAGCCGUACCCAUACUCUCGGAAUCAAAGCGUCUCAAACGCAAAAAGGUACAGCCAACCGCCUCGGGCUGCAGCGCGGCCUGAAACUUUCGGCGCGGUUAGAGAGUUCUCUUCUAGCAACACCAACAAUAGCGUUGCAGGCCCGUACUCAACUUUCCAUUCUGAGGAGCACUCUGACUCUACCAUGUUUGCCACUUCAAAACACAACCAGCAAAGCAUGACAACGUUCAAUCCCGAAACGCCGUCAGAACAAGGCAAACCCGAGGACAUGUACCUAGAAAAAAGCCGGUCAAGAGUCAAGAGCAUGCAGCAGACACUGAGAGAUGAGCUUUCCUUAAGGAGCUCGAAACGCCGAAAUAGAAGGUUUGUCUCUUCUAGGUUCAACCUGCUUGGUCCCGCAAAAAGAGCGUCCUCUAAUACAGGCACCCCCAAUCAUAGCGAACUUGCUGACGAAUCCAACGUGUCCCAGCAGGAGGCUAAUUUUUCCCACUCAUCGAGCGCCGGCGCUACUGCUCACCAAAACGAGUAUAACGUGUUUUAUGAAUCGCAAAAUUCCAGCUCCCCACAGAAAGACAGCGCGGCUCCUACUGACCACACAAGCAUUAAUUAUGAUAAUAUUGAAUUCGGGGACUUGAAUCCAUAUCAAUAUCUCAAAAAGCACAAUAUUCCAACUACCGAGCUGCCGAACAUCUCGAGGCUUUAUUUUGAACGGCAGAAGGGCGAAAACAGGAAAACAGCUCUUCGCAAAAACAUCGCCGCUAAAGACGCCUUUCAAACAAGAUUGACGUCUGCUUCACUUUCAAACUCGCCCCUUCUGAAACACGUUGACCUCAUCAAACGUGAGCAAUCUAUACCGAAGCGGCAACCUCGAAGAAAAAUUAGUGACCAUGCCACAAAUAACGACUCCAAAGCGUGGUCUUCACCCGUCUCUAGCUCGAAAGGUCUGAAGACAGCUCCUAGUCGGGAUGGAACAAGUCCAAGGGCAAGUGAAAUGUAUGAAAAUAUAGAGAGACCCGAGCGCGAUACAUUUGGAUCUAUCAGAAGGCGAGAAGCCCUUUCUAACAUCAACAUCAACAGCAAUUACCACCAACUUCAAAAUAAAAGAACAAAGUACUCGACUGAGAACUUAGAAGAAGCAAGAGGGAUUCACAGGCCUCCAUUCGAACAUUCAGUCCAAGAAGAGCGGUUUGCGAAUCAUGGUUUCAAGCAUCGCAGCCCGCCUGCUGUUCCCGAAAGGAAGCACGUUGAGAUUGUUGAGCCCUUGAAAACGACAGAAAGUAUUCCUCUCAAGCCACCUGCUACAAGUGGUGACAGUUACAACAGAAGAAAACCAACGAUUUAUGUCAACGGUACAGAGUACGAAAAGCUGGAGCUUUUGGGAAGGGGUGGAUCAUCAAAAGUCUACAAGGUCAAAAAUGUUGCAAACAAUAAAGUCUAUGCACUUAAAAGGGUGUCAUUUGAUGAGUUUGAUGACAGCAGCAUCGAGGGGUUUAAAGGUGAAAUUGAGCUACUGAAAAAGUUGGAAACAAAACCGCGAGUAGUGAAGCUCAUCGAUCAUGAGAUGGAUCACGGAGUUUUGUAUGAAGUCAUGGAAUGUGGAGACCACGACCUGUCGCACACUUUAGCCUUAAGGUCGGGAAUGGGUCUGGACGUCGAAUUUGUGAGAUUUCACUCUCAAGAGAUGCUAAAAUGCGUUAAGGUGGUGCACGACUCAGGAAUAGUGCACUCCGAUCUGAAACCCGCAAAUUUCGUCUUUGUGAAGGGGAUCUUGAAAAUCAUCGACUUUGGGAUCGCAAACGCAGUACCAGAACACACAGUGAAUAUUUACAGAGAAACCCAAAUCGGAACGCCGAACUACAUGGCGCCUGAAGCUCUUGUUGCUAUGAAUUACACCCAGGGUCAGCCGGCUGAACAGAAUAGAUGGAAAGUCGGUAAGCCUUCGGACAUUUGGUCUUGCGGGUGUAUAAUAUAUCAGAUGAUAUAUGGUAGGCCACCCUACGGUGGAUUCCAAGGCCAAAAUAGGUUACUCGCAAUCAUGAAUCCGGAGGUUAAAAUUGUUUAUCCCGAGAAAACUUCGAACGGGGACGUGGUUCCAAAAACUGCGAUUGAUACAAUGAAAGCCUGUUUAGAAAGGAAUCCUGAAAAGCGCUGGUCCGUUGAUGAAGUUUUGAAUGGCCCAUUUGUUAAGCCUAUUGCGGUGACACACUUUUUCAUACGGGACCUGAUCAAAAACUCCGUGAAGUACGGUGCUAACCAGAGAGAGAUUUCCAACGAGAAAAUCGAGGAGUUGGCUGAAGAUGUUUGGCAUAGAUUAGCAGAUUUUAGGCUGUGA